AUUCAUUCCUUUUUUUUUCCUCUCAUUUUAAAAAGUUUAAUAUAAGCAGAAAAUUAUUAUAUUUUAUUUUUUCUUCCUUCCUUCCUUCCUUCCUUUCUUAUUUAAUUUUUUAAAUAUAAUAACUGUUUUUUUUAGUGAUGUAUAAUAAUCUUCCAAAUUCAUAUCCUCGACAUCAAAUAAGCGUUAGUGGCUCUCUUUCUGAAAAUAUUACUUUGAAUGAAUCCUCGCUUACAAAUGAUAGAUUAUUCAAUCCCCCUAUACCGAGUUCAUCUUUAAAAGUUCCUUUAAGUGAUGAUAUUAUAAAUGAGCUUUUAAGUGGUGACCUUAUUAGCAAUCCUAAAAGCCUCCUGAAACUAAACAAGUUGGCUUCAGAACAACCAAAUCAAUGGACUGUUAGAAGUUUAGUUAGAGCCCUUGAAAAGCUUUGCGAUACAAAGUGUUAUACAUACACUUCUAAUGAUACGGCUAUCAUACUAGAAUUACACCUUCGGACUUUUGCUUCUGUAUUAGAAGCCUUCAUACAAAGCCCAGCCGUGCUAGGCCGAGAAUUACGUGAAAAGCUUUAUAAACAGUUGGUUGAAUUCAAUAAUAUCCAUAAUAACAUAUCAACUGUUAUGGAACAAGGAUUAAAUAAGACUUGGAGAGGAACAUUACGAAAUUUAAAUGUACCCGAUGUUGAAUUGCAAACUAGUGGAAUAAAAAGAAAUUAUAAUAUUGAUUUUCUCUUAAUUCAUUUAAGGGAUACAUUACACAGCCUAAGUGAUGAUGAAACAAGAUUUCGAGAAGGAUGGCGAAGGUUUAAAGACUUCUUUAAGGGAAUUUUAGGUAUGGCACCUGCCGUGCUUACACCCAUCCCCGCUGAUAGUGCAAGUAUAUUAACUUCAUGGAAUAAGAUGAGAGAUGCAUUUGGAUUUAAAGUUCCAGUUUCAAGUUGGUAUAAAGACUGGCGCCUCCUCCUGAUGCUGCAACAAACACUUGAUUCCUCAUAUCAAGAAGCUGGAAAUCAUAACCUUAAAAAAUUCGGCGAAAGAAUGAUUUUGGAAUUCCUCUGGUUCCAUAUAAAAAAAAUCAUUUCCGAACUCACUCCUUCAAAAGAUGAUGAUUUUGAAUUUUCAAAAAUCCUGAACAAUAAAAAAAGGUUGUUUGCGGAACUUUAUGGAAUGGAACCCCUAUCCUACCCCCAUACGUUUUGGUUUGGAAUUCUUGAUCUAGCAGAAAGUGUCUGCGCAUCUUCCACGAGAUCAAUUACGCUCUCUUUAUGUUAUUAUUUGGCAUUGGAAAGUUUAAAUCAUGCACCAAAUACUUUUGUGAGAUUCAAAGCCAUUGAAAUCUUAUUGAGUUUGCAACAUCGUCGAAAGGAUUGGUUUGUUGUAGUUGAUGCAGAUCUUAAAGAGUGUGGUAAUAAAUUUCAAGAUCAAAAGAAAUCAAAAUUUUUUGGUUUAGUAGAUGGUGUGAAAUAUAAGCUUGUCUCAAGGGAAAAGCUUAUGAAAUCUUGUGGAAUCUCUAAUAACCUUGAUGAUGAUUUUCCAGCCUUUACAACUACCGAUAUUGAUCGGUCGGGUCCUUCAAUAUUAUCACUAUUGGCUCAGGAAAUGCUUUGUCCAGUUAUGCUCCAAAUAACUGAUCAAUUUUAUGGUCUAAGUUGUGGUCAUGUCAUUUCGAAGGGCGCUUUCAAUAUUUACAAAUCUUAUCGAUCCCGAAAAGGAAAAAAUUUGAUUUGUUCUAUUUGUAGGACAGUUAUCAAUGAAGAAUCGUUAACGUUGCUCCCUCAAACUUCAACUUUAAACGCACUAUCUGAUAAAUUUGUUGCGGCAGGGCUCCUGUCGCAGACAAAUAUUUCUGAAUAUGAAAUAUCGAAUCCCGAUACCAUAAUGUCUGACGAUAUUAAAAAAUCAAAGUCCCUAAAUGAUAAAUCUCAAAAUGAAACAAAUGAAACAACGAAAAAAGUUACAGAGCAACUUAUUACCCCCACUAAUCCACCAGAUCCUUUGAUAAUCGCGAGGGAAUGUUUUAAACAAAACCCCCAGAACCCCCAAAAGGCAUUACUAAUAUUGGAUAAAACGUUGCAAAACAACGAAAAAGCUCCUCUGGCUUAUUUAGAACGUGCAAAAAUUUAUACCCAUUUGCGGAGAUAUGGUGAAGCUUUGUAUGAUGUUAACAAUUCCCUUUCCCUCCAAAGUCUUCAAGAUGAUGAUGAUAAUAUAGAGGCAUAUAAACUUCGUUCUCGUCUUCAUUUUCAUAUGAAAAACUACGAACAAGCUUUACAGGACAUUACAAUCGUUCUCAAUAGGAUUGAGAGCUAUAAAAUUGAUGAAGAUUAUACAUAUGCUUCAUCUGAUCUUGAAGCAUAUGAACUCAGAGGAAACAUUUUUAUGAAGAUUGGAUCCUUCACAGAAGCGAUAGCGGAUUUCACUAUCGUCGUGGAAAAUGAUAAAUUUAACGUUAUGGUGUUGACGAACAGAGGUUCGCUAUUUAGAGAGAUUCGUAAAUAUAGGGAAUCUCUGGAAGAUUUGACGAAGGCGAUCCAACUUAAUCCAAGUUUCCCGUUCGCCAAAUUGCAACGCGGAUCUGUAUAUUGUAAACUUAAUAAGUUUGCUGAAUCAUUAAAAGAUUUGGAAGACGUGUUGAAUAGUACAACAGCAAAUGAUGAUGAUAAAUUAUUUGCAACAGCCGAAAGGGGAGAGUUAUACUGUAGACAAAAUAUGCUUUAUGAAGCAUUAAUUGAUUUGGAGUAUGUAUUGGCACAAAACCCACACCAUGAUUUUGCUAGGUCUAGAAGAGGAUACGUAUUCUUCAAGCUGAAGAAAUACGAUUCAGCUCUAGUAGAACUGAAUGAGGCUCUCAGGUUGAAUAAAACUAACUAUUACGGUUUAACAUACCGUGGAAUGGUCCAUUUUAAACUUGGGGACUACCAAAAUAGUUUAAAAGAUUUAAAUUUAGUCUUGGAUCGUUAUCCUAAUAAUUCUGUUGCAACCCGUCAACGGGGUAUUGCGUACCUCAGAAUGGGCAAAUUUGAGGAAGGGUUGAUGGAUUUUGAUAGGUUGAUAAAUCUGGAUGCGAAAGAUAUUGAUGCUCUUUGUUAUAGGUCAGAAAUUUUUUAUGAACUCGGAAGGUAUAAAGACUGUAUCGAGGAUUGCAACACAAUCUUACAGUAUGAUUCAUCAAAUUUGAUUGCUCUAAGAAUCAGAGGAAUGGUGCUGCGAAAGUUCCAUCAAAAUAACAAAUCACUUCUUGAUUUGGACAAAGUGCUUUUACAGCAACCUACAAAUGAGGUUGCUCUUUUAGAAAGAGCCGCCGUUUAUGCAGCAUUACGCCAAUAUCCUAGUUCUUUAGCCGAUUGUGAGAAAAUAUUGUAUUUAAAGCCGCGACAAAGUAUUCAAUAUUUUCAGGAGAUAACAAAAGUUUACGGAGAAUUAAGUGAAGCCAUUGGAGUGGAUGAAAUUUUCAUUCAUUUGGAACGGGUUCUUCAGGAUUCGCCAAAUAAUGCAUAUGUAUUGACAACCAGAGCAUAUAUAUAUUUGCUUCAAUGGGAAUGUGAUAAGGCGAUUAAGGACCUAAAUAUCUCUCUUAUAAACCAACCAAAUUUUGUUCCUACAUUAUAUCAAAGAUCUAUAAUAUACCGCAUUACCCAGGACUAUGGUAAUGCACUAAAAGAUUUAGAAAAAAUUUUAGAAGUUGAGCCCGGUAAUAGCCUCGCGCUGACCGAGAGAAACGAAAUACAAAGUAUGAAAGAUUUUGAUCGAAAUCUUUCACUGCAAAAUUAUCAUGAGCAAACUCUAGAAAACCAAGUCUCUCGUCGAUCAUCGCAAACUUCCGUUACUUCUAGUAACAGAUCUAACAGAUCUAGCAUCAAAAAUUACCAAUAGUACACGAUAUCAACAUAAUUCUUAAAAUCGGACUUUUUUUUUUUACUUUUUUUUAUAUAUAAUAUAUACAAUUAAAAAUGGAAUACAAUACAAUUUCCUAUUUUUUUUUUUCUUUCCUCCUUUUGUAGUUUAUAUAACUUUCUUAUAAAUAUUAUUAUUAUUUUUUUUUAUUCAAUUAAUUUUGUAACAUACACCUUUUAUUGUACAGUAUAAUACUUUUUAAUUUUUAUAAAAUAUAAUUUGUUCUAGACGAACACAUUUUUUUCUGGUAAGUAAAUAUAUAUACUUAUCUAAAUAAAAACGAAAUAAAACAGAGAUUUUAUUUUAUUACAUUUACUGCCAAAAAUUUGGACUACCUACAUAUUGUUCUGCUGUUGUGAACUUUGUUAUUAUUGUUAGCCUUUUGACGCUCACAAUCAUACAAUCAUGUGCCUGAGUUUUUAACGAUUUGUUCAUUGCGUGAUGGUAUUAGAU